CUUUCCCUAAGUCACAAUAUUGCUCAUUUUGGUCAUAACAAUAUGAAUUACAAUUUUAUGAAUCUCCUUCAAGUUUGUUCUGUGAGGUAUCAACAUGAGGAAUGCCACUAAAGUUACAACAUUUGUUCUGAAGGGCUUCACAGAGAAGCUUGAACUGCAGAUCUUCUUAUUCUGCCUGUUUCUAGCAAUAUACAUGUUUACUCUGGUGGGAAAUUUAGGACUAGCUUUGUUGGUCACUAGGGAUUCUAAGCUGCACAACCCAAUGUACUAUUUUCUGAGUGUGUUAUCCUGCUUGGAUGCCAGUUUUUCCUCAGUAAUUAUCCCUAACAUGUUAGUAGAUUUUAUAUCCAGAAAUAAAGUCAUUUCAUUCCUUGGGUGUGCAACCCAGAUGUUUCUCUUUAUUACUUUUGGGACCACCGAAUGCUUUCUCUUGGCCGCAAUGGCAUAUGAUCGCUACGUAGCCAUCUACAACCCCCUCCUGUAUUCGGUGACCAUGUCACCCAGAGUCUACGUGACACUCAUCAUUGCAUCCUAUGUUGGUGGCAUCCUGCAUGCUUCCGUACACACCGUGGCUACUUUCACCCUAUCUUUCUGUGCAUCCAAUGAAAUUAAGCAUGUGUUUUGUGACAUCCCUCCUCUCCUGGCUCUUUCUUGCUCUGACACUCACACAAACCAGCUUCUCCUCUUCUACUUUGUGGGCUCUAUUGAGCUUGGCACUAUCCUGAUUGUCCUGAUCUCCUACGCCUUCAUUCUGCUGGCCAUUCUGAGGAUGCAUUCAGCUGAGGGGAGAAGAAAGGUCUUCUCUACGUGUGGCUCUCACCUCACUGGAGUGUCGAUUUACCAUGGAACCAUCCUCUUCACAUACAUGAGACCAAGUUCCAGCUAUGCCUUGGAUCAUGACAUGAUAGUGUCAAUAUUUUACAGCAUUGUAAUUCCCAUGCUGAAUCCCAUUAUCUACAGUUUAAGGAACAAAGAUGUCAAAGAGGCAAUGAAGAGAGUGUUUGGGGAAAAUGGGUGUAUCAAUAAAGUGUAUUUUCACACUAACCGUUAA